AAACGGUUUGCCAUUUUUAUCGUGCGACAAAAAGAAAGCCUCGUCCAGGGUAUGCAAAAGCCCCGUAAAAGGCCUGCAGUUUACAAUUGAAAGUGAUUUUAGGGCGUUUUAGUGGAAAUUAGUUAAAUAUAUAUCGUCAGAAUGGCGCUCAAUCCACAAUACGAUGCAAUUGGCAAAGGAUUUGUACAGCAAUAUUACACACUGUUCGAUGAUCCGGCACAACGACCAAACCUAGUGAAUAUGUAUAAUGUUGAAACGUCAUUCAUGACCUUUGAAGGAGUACAGUUGCAAGGUGCAGUUAAAAUAAUGGAAAAGUUAAAUAGUUUGACAUUUCAAAAAAUUGGAAGGAUUAUAACUGCUGUUGACUCACAGCCCAUGUUUGAUGGUGGAGUACUAAUAAAUGUGCUUGGGCAGCUCCAGUGCGACGACGACCCUCCACACCCGUACAUGCAAACAUUUGUUCUGAAGCCACUGGGAGACUCAUUCUUUGUACAGCACGACCUAUUUCGCUUAGGCAUCCACGACAUAGCCGCCUAAUUUCUAAGCUUCAAUAUGAAAUCGAUCAAGAAAAUCCAUACUUACUAAUAUGGUCGCCACGCUAUUUCGAACAGCUAUUGUUUUGGUUAACUAGGUAUAAGUAUUGAUCAAUUGCCUAUCGUUUAAAAAAUUCAAAUUGUACAUUAUCAUAAUAUUGAAUAUUUGGCAUUCAUUUUCUGCUUAGAUGUUUGAGAUGGCUUAAGUAAGCAAGUACGGCGGACUCUUUUUUCAGUUACAUGUAUACAUUUUAUAAUAAAUACAUUAUAAUUUUUUACUCA